AACAGCGCGAGGGUUCGCAUGAAGCACGUGGUUCACAUUAUUAUUUGACAAACGUUAUUAUUUGCGCGCGCACACACCGUAGCAGGCUCGCCUUCGUGACACGCGCUCAUCUGACACACAGCGUCUUUAAUCAGAUGCGAUCUGAAUUGGGGAAGAAAGCUUUUUUAAUCAUCUGGCACAACCACAGCGCGGAAUACCUGGAGAAGCCAUCAGCACUUUAGAACACAGAAAAUGGCAAACAACACCACCUGUCCCUCAAUCGAUGACUUCCGCAACCAAGUCUAUUCCACUGCCUACUCCAUCAUCACCAUUUUUGGCCUGGUGGGUAACGGCUUUGCACUGGUGGUGCUCAUCCGGACCUAUCGCCAAUCCUCUGCCUUCCAUGUGUACAUGCUGAACCUAGCAGUGGCUGACCUGCUGUGUGUGUGCACGCUUCCUUUCCGCGUUCUUUACUAUGUACAUAAGGGCCAUUGGACACUGGGGGACUUUCUGUGCCGCAUCAGCUCGUAUGCGCUUUAUGUCAACCUCUACUGCAGCAUUUUUUUCAUGAUGGCUAUGAGCUUUACACGUUUCCUGGCCAUUGUAUUCCCUGUGCAGAAUCUGCGCAUGGGCACUGAGCGGCGGGCUCGAGUGGUCUGCGCUGGAAUUUGGGUCUUCAUCUGUGCCACCAGCUCUCCGUUCUUGCUCUCUGGCCAGCACUUUGAUCCAAAAACCAACAAAACCAAAUGUUUUGAGCCACCAGAGGAAUCUAGCAGCCUAAAAAAGCUGGAGGUGCUCAAUUAUUUCUCAUUGGUGGUGGGGUUUCUUGUGCCCUUCCUAGUAAUCCUGGUCUGCUAUGUUGGCAUUGUGCGGGCAUUAUUGGGCAACUCUAAUGCGAUGAAGAGGCAGCAAAACACACGUACCAAAGCCAUCCGCAUGAUUGUGGUUGUCAUGCUUGCAUUCUUGAUCAGCUUCAUGCCCUACCAUGUGCAACGCACUGUACACCUCCACUUUAAGAAGCAAGGUGCCUCAUGUGAUGAGAUUAACUCCAUGCAGAAGUCAGUGGUGAUCACGCUGUGCCUGGCUGCUGCAAACUCCUGCUUCGACCCCAUGCUUUACUUCUUUUCGGGUGAGAAUUUCCGUAAUAGGCUCUCUACUUUCCGCAAGGCAUCAGUAAAUUCCCUGAUCAUGAAGCGCAACCGCAAUUUGCCAUCAUCUGCCCAUCCUUUACAGCAGAGCGAGCAUGAGAAAUGCAUUAGCUCGAGCAAACUGGGGUAGAAAUGAAGAUAACAGUACCUCCUGGCUAAAAGAAUAGGAAAGCAAUGAUCAAGCAGGGUGUGGUUGGAUUUUAUUUGAUGUCAUUAAUAAAUGGCAUUAACCCUGCCAUUAAGUUUGCCCCUAACCUUUUCAUACGAAUUCAGUUGUGAAAACGGCUCCCUUAUGGAAUUAAAGAGACUCGUCGAACUGUUACUUAUUGUGGUAAAUCAGGAUUAAUCUGAAGGAAAAGGUAGGGUGAUCGGUGAUGGAAGUGCAGUAUUAUUAUGGUUUAAGAAGUCAUUCAACAGGAUUAUUGCACUUUUAUUUUCUGGAUGUUAAUAAGCAAAAAAAAAAAAAAGGAAAUUGAAUGAAGAUAAAGGCUUAUACAGAGAGUAUAUAACUCAUUAUAAACAGACUAAUGCACAGAACAGCAGCUUGCUUACAAAAUAAUGCAUAUACUGAAUUAAUGAUGCUGCUUUCAAACUGUGACAGUUUGUUUGAUCAAUCUGCUUUUUUGUGGUCUAUUAUUAUAUGUUCUUAUUAUUAAUGAUUAGGGCUAUCAUACUUAUAUUUUACAAUGUAUUUAUUGUGCAUAUGUUAAUAACUGCAAAUGUUAAUGGUUUGUGCAUGUAUUGUGCAAAUACACAAGGCAUAUUUAUAUACAAAGACAACUUUUUUUUUAUACCAGAUACCCAACAGCCUCAUUCACAUCUAGGGUCAAAUCAAAGAUGCCAUCAACCUCCCAUGUUAUUUGGGACAUGGGUAUGGUAAGAUAAGCCAAACUCAAAAAAAAAAAAAAAAAAAAAAAAACGCAUAAAAGUUCAACCCUUCAAUCAGGAUGUGCUUAAUCAGGAUGAUCAGUUAAGCUAACAUUGACCUGUUAUUGUAAACCAUUUCUGUUGUAAGGUAUAUUCUAAAUGUUAGGAAAGGAUAAAAAGGAAGGUUUUGGAGCAGUAUGUUUUUUUGGUGUUGAUUUUAAGCAGUAGUUUGUCUAGAAAUUUUGCUGAGACCUGCCAACUCAGUUCACAAGGUUAUAUUACCACAGUGGACUGUUAUUAGUGCAUCAUCAUUAAGUUCAGGUUGUAUUUUACCGACAUCUAGUGGCUAAAAUGGUAAAUGCAUGAAAUUCUAGAUUUGAACGGUACAUUUCCCUAUACGUCUAAAAUCCCAUACAACCUCCUUCAUCCCAAAACAACAGAUUGCUAGCCUUAGUGCUCUUUUAAUACAUGUUUUCUUGAAUAUAUGUACUGUAUUGUGACAAUAAAGGUGACUUGACUUGA